UUCUGUCCCAGUUUUUCAAACGACAUCUCUCUCAGUACCGACUAUUUCACUUGCCUACGUAGCAGUUCUUCUUUAAACCCGAUUACAAUAGCUACUUCCUUGUUUACAUCAUUUAUCCUUCUGAUUGGUUGGUAGGCACGACUGUCCGUUAAAGAUAUGGUGCGUUUGAUUUGACCUUCCCACGGAUGGCGCAUAUCACCGCCCACCGGGCGAAACGAGGUUGUUGCAAACGACUAUAAACCGAUCGCAAAUUAAUAAUAGUAAAUAAACGUGUAAUAGGCUUCCAUGAAAGUACCCAACUCCAAACGAUACUUUCGCUUCAUAAUUUGUUCUUCUGCCCAACAUCAGCACAUUACGGUAGUCAGUGGUUUGCCGGAGGAUCUGUGAAAUGUUGCCAAACUCACCCUCUGAUUCUCGUCGUCUAGCAUCCACUUCGACGCCGUCGAGGAGCAUCCACACCUGCCGUGGAAAUGUGGCGUCGUACCGGUUAACUGCAUCUGUAUCAGGUGCCUGUAUUUGCAUCGCAAUGAAACAGCUCAGAUAUAUGCACUAUUUUUUGUAGCAACGCUAUAAAAAAUAUAAUUUAUGUUAAAAUACACGCGUGUAAAUGUACUAGUCGAUGAUAAAACAGUACUACAGAAUGGUGGUAUUGGCACACUGUGACAUGUUGCUACUCAGCCUGCUACUACCAAGCUAUUCCAUCUAAUAACAUGAAUUUCAUAGAUGUCGACUGAUUCUUUUAUGUAAAAAGGUAACAGUGACUGCAGACUGGAAUAUGUCUCUGCCACUGGCUAUCCUGGUGGUCUUCUCUGUGCUGGAUAUUGGAACCCCCCAUACCGGACCUGAGAUGGACCCGUACAAAACCUUAGGAGUCACCACAGGUGCAAGCCAGGCUGAGAUUAAGAAAGUAUACAAGCGCCUGGCGAAGGAAUGGCAUCCUGACAAAAACAAAAAUCCAGGUGCUGAGGACAUGUUUAUCAGGAUUACCAAAUCGUAUGAGAUCCUAUCCAGUGAGGACAAACGUGCCAAUUAUGACCACUACGGACGAACGGAUGACACCCAACCAUACAGCCGCUACGGUCACAACUUCAACUUUGAGGAGUCCUUCUUUAACUUCCCAUUCAACAACAAGAACCAGCGGGAGUUUUCUGACGGCAAGUACAUGCUGCACUUCAACCAGUAUGUCAGUGACGUGGUGCCCGACAGCUUCAGGAGGCCAUACCUGAUCAAGAUCACGUCCGACUGGUGCUUCAGCUGCAUUCACAUUGAGCCUGUGUGGAAAGAGGUGGUGCAGGAGAUGGAGAUGCUAGGUGUCGGAAUCGGUGUGGUGGAUGUCGGCUAUGAGAGGCGUUUGGCCAACCACCUCGGUGCUCAUCGCACGCCAUCGAUCCUUGGCGUCAUCAAUGGCAAAGUGACAUUUUUCCAUUAUGCUGUAGCAAAGGAACACCUGAGGCAGUUUGUGGAAGACCUUCUUCCUCAGAGACUGGUGGAGUGGGUCAGCGACAAAAACGAUCAACAGUUCUUGAACAACUGGCACCAACUGAACAAGCCACAUGUGCUACUGUUUGACCAAGUGUCUGUCGUUCCUUUACUUUACAAGCUGACGGCGUUUGCCUACAAGGAUUACUUGCAGUUUGGCUACGUGGACCAGGGCCUCUCUGAGACUGCCAAUCUGCAGAGACAGUUCAAUAUCAACACCUACGCCCCCACUAUGCUGGUUUUUAAAGAGAACACGGACAAGCCUGCUGACAUCAUCCAGGCUAAAGGAAUGAAAAAGCAAAUAAUUGAUGAGUUUAUGACAAACAACAAGUUUCUCCUGGCACCUAGACUGGUGAAUCAGAAGCUUUUUGACGAGCUCUGUCCUGUCAAGCAGUUCCACAGACGUAGAAAAUACUGUGUGCUGCUGAUUACGGGCGACGACGAGAGCUUUUCUUUAGGAAACCAAGCCUUUUUGUCUUUCGCCUCGGGCAACACAAAGGAAGUUGUGAGAUUUGCUUAUGUUUACCAACAACUGCAGCAACCGCUUUGUAACAUCCUGAUGACCAGCAAGGACGGCACACAGCCACCACUACCACCACAGGUGGUGAUCCUGGAGAGGCGCAACACUGCCGGAAAGGCCUUCUUCAAGCCGGGUAGCACUUGGAACGGCAGCGAAGAAGACAAGCAGCGCCUGGUGGAGGAGCUGGAGCGACUCCAGAAAGACCCGUCCAUUCUGAUCCAUGACGCCAUGCUGCCUGUGCUCAACAAUGAGUUUGCAUCCAUGUUUAUUAUCCAGUGGAUAUCUGCAUUUUAUGAUUACCUGUCUGACGUCAUUGAUGACAUCCUGCACAACAACUGGCGUGAGAUGAUGCCUCUCCUGUCCCUCAUCUUCUCCGCCUUGUUCAUUCUGUUUGGAACCGUGGUCAUCCAAGCAUUCAGUGACGCAAGUGACAACAAAUGCUCAAAACCAAAACCAAAAGAUGGACCUAAAACAGAAAAUGGGUCACCGGGGAACGCAUCAAGUCGGCCCCCUAAGAAGAAUUUUGUGGAGGUGACGGAGCUGACAGACAUCACCUAUAUCAGUAAUCUAGUGAGGCUGAGGCCGGGACACAUGAAUAUCGUACUGGUGCUCACGGAUGGAUCGAAGAACAUCCUGCUCAGCAAGUUUGCCAAAGAAGUGUACUCUUUCACAGGGAGCCUUACGCUGCAUUUCUCCUUCCUGAAUACAGACAAGCACAGCGAGUGGAUGGGCACACUCCUAGAAAGCGUGCAGGACAGCAUGCAAAUCGACGCAUGCGAGGACAAUGACGGCAGCAACCGCAAAAUGGACUACACCGGCUACGUGCUGGCGCUCAACGGCCACAAAAAGUACUUUUGUCUUUUUAAACCCGUCUACACCGGGGAAGAUCCAAGCAACAAGGUUUUGGGGGACAACGGCACGAGUACGUCAAUGCGUAGGUCAAGAUCGGUUUCGCGUGACGACCAACCUCCGAGCAAGUCGACCCGCUCUCGCAGCACGUCCACUUUACAGAUCCACCACAAGCUAGACCGCUUGGCGUUGUGGAUGGAGAGGCUCAUGGAGGGAACUUUGCCUCGCUGUUAUAUCCCCGCCUGGCCGGGACUUGACAAGAUCACUUCCAGUAAAUAGACAGGGACACAAUUGGAGUACAGCAUCUCCGCUCCUUUUCAGUGUGAAAUGAGGCCAGGUUUCCUUUCAAAUGUUGGCAGAAGAUCUAUUAACAAGCACAUAAAUUAAAAAAAACAGUGUAAGAUACACUAAAACAUAAGAAGACAUCCAGUGAAGUUAAGAAGUUUUCAACUUGGGAAAUAAAUAACCAUUUAAGGGACUCACACUUCUUUUAAAGGGGACCUAUUAUGCCUUUUCCACUUCCUAUAAACGUAGUUAGAAUGUAGUAUUCUCGUGUUAAAGUAUGCCAAAGGUUCAGAUAAUGAGUUUUGCACAUUUGGAAGUGAGCACUAAAAGAAGUUUGGGAUGGCUCAAAACGCUCGGUUUCAAAAGGUGUGGUCAAACCGACCCUUUGUGAUGUCACAGAGGGGCAGACUUCCUUAUAUGGAUGUGUCUAUAAGCCAGAUAAAACCACAGCAGACUGGGUGUGCCUGGAGGCGGGCCGUGGGUAGAAUACAUUAAAAAAGACAUUUGGAAGUGAGCCCUGAAAGAAGUUUGGGAUGGCUCAAAACGCUCUGUUUCAAAAGGCGUGGUCAAACUGACCCUUUGUGAUGUCACAAAGAAUACGUGAAUACAUUAAAUACAUUAAAAAAAAGACCGUCCAAAGAAAUACAGCUGGAAUAGAUGCAGAUUCUGGAAGAAUUAUAAAGCUUUAUGUGUUGGUUAUUGUGUGUAGCUGCUCUAUAAGAGUCCACAACUUAAUACAAAGGGCAGAAAAAUGAGCAUAAUAGGUCCCCCUUUAAACAACAUGUGAUCAUUGGUAGCUAGACCGCUUGGGGUUGUGGAUGGAGAGGCUCAUGGAGGGAACUUUGCCUCGCUGUUAUAUCCCCGCCUGGCCGAGACUUGACAAGAUCACUCCCAGUAAAUAGACAGGGACACAAUCGGAGUACAGCAUCUCCCAAAAGUGAGUACAUUGUGUAUUCACUAAAAAUUGACAUGACCUUAGAGCACCUUUUUAAAUUUGUAGGCAUGUUUGUGUUCCGUCCUGUAUUUGAUGCUGCCUUGCGGACGGGGAUCAAUCGUGUUGUUCAUAUUGGCGUGAUGCUGUGAAUGUUAAACAUUAUUAUUACCACAAAUCCUGCAAUAUGAUGUACAGUCUGUUGUGUUGUGACUAUACUUAAUCCACCUCAGCAUUUUUUGGAUUGUCCAAAUUGUUAAGUCAACGUAGCAACCAAAAUCCACAAGUAGCCUGAUGUAGCCAAAUGGUUAGCUUUUUCAGUUAUAGUUUUUAUAUUUAACUCCACUUUUCCUGUAGAUCACAAAUACCGUAGCCAAAUAUUUGUUUACACAGGUCUAGUGUAUGCCCUUUAUUAAUAGUAUCUGUCAGGAAGUGGGUGUGGUUUAACUGGAAAUGGGCGGAGCUUAAAAGUCAAAGUUGCUAUGUGUAUUGUUUAUUAUUCAGCUAUGUGUGUAAGUGAAUUAUUGUGAAGUAGGUGAUUCAUGCAAACAUGGCAAUAAACAUACCAAUA